AUGACGACCGGGGCUUUGUUGACAGUUAACGAAACGGAGACUGCCCACGGGACCCGCUCAGGCCUACUUAUGUUAUGUUUCCAGCGCGGUGAGAUGUUACAUGCGGGAGGAGGAGCGCCUAAUCACUGUUUUUAACAACGGGAGGUGUUGCGGACUUUUUGCGGGCUGCGUUGACAGGACGGCUCGCGACGCCGAGGCGGAGCGGACGCUUUCUCAGGCUGAUCCGUGAUAUUUGGCACCGAGGAGCCGGGGGAAGUAAACGCGUGGUUGUGAGUCUUUACGGGCAGUUUGCGUCGCCAGCAUUACGAAGAAAGGAGUGUGUCGCGCCUGCUAGUAAACAGUCUCACACACGCACACAUGUAACGCGCGCAGCUUUAUUCACAGAAGUUGACGCUCAGACUUUGUCUACGCGCGCGGCGUGUAGGUGGCUCGUCUCGCCUGUGAAGGAACCCGUCUGUUUUGCGCGUUUUGACAGAUCCAUAGCCAAUCGAACCUGCCAUUAAAAUCGGCGCUCUUAUGUCAGUGACCUAUAUCCCAUGCAUGUGCGCCGAGAGCCCGCAGUAACCUCUCCAGCGCGCCAGACAGCAUGGGGAUCAACGGUCUAGACAGCCCGGCGCAGCCGUCCGGCGGAGUGUCCCAGACGGAGCAGCCCGCUGCGGAUCCCCACAUGGAGCAGAAAGAUGCUCCCCGAGACUCCGACGGGAACAAAGAUGAACACGGGGCGGACGGCGAGGGGAAAAUCUCGAAGGAAGACAGCGACGUGCGGCUGAUCGAGGCUGGCUGCAAGUCGACUCUCCCCCCAGCUUCCGACUCCGAGGCUGGGCUGCAGGCGCAGAAUCACGGCCACGGGGGCGGAUUCGCCCCUCCGGAGGGAGGCUUCGGCUGGAUGGUGGUUUUCGCUGCUACCUGGUGCAACGGGUCCAUCUUCGGCAUCCAAAACUCUUUCGGCAUCCUGCACAUAAUGCUGGUGAAGGAACACACGGACCCAGACGACCAGACGUCUCAGUUCAAAGUGGCCUGGGUCGGCGCCCUGGCCAUGGGCAUGAUCUUCUUCUGCUCGCCCGUGGUCAGCAUGUUCACCGACCACUUCGGCUGCAGGAAGACGGCUGUCAGUGGGGCCACUCUGGCUUUUAUAGGGCUGCUCACUACGUCGUUUGCAAACUCUUUAGUGCUCCGCUACUUCACAUACGGUGUGUUGUUCGGCUGCGGCUCCUCCUUUGCCUUUCAACCGUCGUUGGUCAUCCUUGGCCACUACUUUCGCCGGCGCCUGGGCUUGGCCAACGGUGUGGUGACUGCCGGCGCCAGCCUCUUUUCCAUGGGACUCCCGGUUUUCCUCAAGAAGGUGGUGGAACCUUUGGGUCUCAGCAGAACCUUCCAGAUCCUCAGCCUCUUCAUGCUGGUCCAGGCCCUGUUGGCGCUCACGUUUAAACCUUUGCUCCCUGCCGGACGGGGCAUGGGGCCGCCCGGCAUGAGUCCCGGAUGUGGCGAAUCCCAGACUCAGGCCACCGCACAGGGUGGGAGCAAGUGGAACCGGGCCAUCGUCACGGUCCGGAAGUACUUCAACCUGCGUGUGUUUCACAUCGUGACGUACCGGGUGUGGGCGUUUGGAGUCGCCACGGCUGUUUUAGGCUACUUUGUGCCGUAUGUCCAUCUGAUCUACUUUGUGAAGGAGCAAUUCAAGGAGACUCAGAAGGAGUGGGUGCUCCUUGUUUGCAUUGGAGCUUCAUCUGGGGUGGGACGUCUUGUUUUCGGCAAGAUCGGAGACCUCAUUCCCGGUCUGAAGAAGAUCUACAUGCAGGUGGCGUCCUUCAUCGCCCUGGGCCUGAUGUCCAUGAUGAUCCCUCAGUGCUCGGUGUUCGAGGGGCUGGUGGCCGUGUGCGUGUUCCUGGGACUGUGCGACGGCUGCUUCCUCACCAUGAUGGCUCCCAUAGCGUUCGAGCUGGUCGGCCCCAUGCAGGCGUCGCAGGCCAUCGGCUACCUUCUGGGCCUCAUGUCCCUCCCCAUGACGGCGGGACCGCCCAUCGCCGGUCUCCUGCACGGCUACUUUGGGAACUACACCGUGGCCUUCUCCCUGGCGGGGGUGCCUCCGAUGGUGGGGGGCGUGGUGCUGUUCUUCGUGCCCCUGAUUCACCGCAGGCUCCAGAAGCGCCGGGCGUCGCAGGAGGACACGUCCACCACCGCCCACAUGCUGCCGUCCAGCCAGUCGGCCGGGGAAGCCAAGAGCUGCUCCAACGGAGACAUCCUGCCCGGCUACACCGACGUGGAGACGCACAUCUGAGCCACGUCCCGCAAAGGGAUUCUGCCCACCAGCACCUUCAGAAUGGGCCUCUCCCUCACCGCGGACAGACCAACCAUCUGUUGGCUGAACUUCAACCUAUCCCCGUCCCAGACCCCCGUUGGACGUUUUUUGCUUUUUUUUUUUGUCAUGCGAAGGAAGUGGCGUGCCGCAGGGAGGACUAAAAGAUGGCACAGCGGCGUGGAAGCCGAUGGAAACCUUUGAGGAAGUUAAGCACAGCAUAUUGUCGGCUAAACGUAUUGCGUUGGCCGGGACUCUGGGGCACAUGCUUCCCAGAGA